CUUCCGUUUUUCUGGGACACCUAUAAAUAAAGUUCCCAAACACACCCUUUCACUCCAAUCCAUUCCGACUUUAUUGAACGAUACCAAUCUCUUUCUCUCUCUCUCUAGAUCUCUCACUUUCUCUCUCUACUCUUCAUCCAUGGCGUUCAAGAAAACCCUCACCCAGCGUCUCCUCAGCAUCACCAAACUCUCCUCACAAUCCCUCUCCAACUGCCGCAUUUCCUCUUCUUCCACCCGAUCUCUCAUCCCUCCCGCCGCCGCUAACCGCGACAUUGCCCCCGAUCCCGGAGACAACGGCAUCUUCCGGAGGUUCCUCCACCGGAAAGCCGUCUUCCAGCCGGAGCUCCGUUCUCCGCCGGCCACCGAUGACCUCCUCCGGAAGCUCCGGGAGAUGGACAUUGCCAGAAGCCGGAUCCGACUCGACGGGCUGGUUACCCCGCCGGAGGCAGCGGCGGCGGUGAUGGAUGUGCGGAAGCUGCUGAGAGCGACGAAGCUGGAGGCGGUGAAAUCGAAGCUCCGGAAGGUUCCUCAGAACUGCAUAGGUUACUCGGAGUUUGUUGAAAUGUGUGCCGAGAAUUGCUCCGAUCGCGAUGAAGCGAAGAAGGUUGCGAAGAUGUUGGAUGAUUCAGCCACUGUGAUUAUCCUCGGUGAUGUCGUGUUUCUGAAACCUGAACUGGUAGCAAAAACCAUCCAGUCUCUACUCCCGGUGCCAGGAGCCAAGGCAUACGACCCAGCAGCACAAAAAGAACUUGAACUAAUGGAGAAAAAGAAGGAAGUCAUUGACAACAAAGCCGACGCCAUGGUCCGCCGCGAGCUCUGGGGCGGGCUAGGCUUUCUGGUGGUGCAAACGGCCGCAUUCAUGAGGCUCACAUUCUGGGAGCUUUCAUGGGAUGUGAUGGAGCCCAUAUGCUUCUAUGUAACCUCCAUGUACUUCAUGGCUGGCUACACGUUCUUCCUCAGGACCUCAAAGGAACCUUCCUUUGAAGGCUUCUACCAGAGCCGUUUCAGCACCAAGCAGAAGCGCCUCAUGAAACUACACAAUUUUGACAUUGAAAGGUAUAAUGAGCUCAGGGCUACUUCGUCAAUCACUCCCUGUUCCGAGUUGGAUCAUAAAUCAUUCGAAAAUCUUGAGUUGUAGGGUCGUCCCUAAUAUUAAUUUAUGUUCACUAUACUAGAUAGUAGAUUGUGACAGCAAAAUGCAACUACACAAAAAGCACCCCUCCCCCAUUUCUCACAAAUUUGUGGAGAAUAUUACUCCACUGUUUUUCACUGAUAUCAAUCAUUACCAAAACUUAUACAAAAAAAAGGAAAACAUACUAUAUGAUUGAGGACUUGAGGUGAGCCUGUGAGGUAGAAUUAGGCGCGGAUUUAUGUACAAUACAUUGAGGCCAUCUUUGGUGAGUUUUCUAUUA